AUGCGUCUUUCGUCAGUGCUUCGGGUUAUUAUCCGUGGUCCUGACGGUCAACCUAUCUGGAGAGAAGUAAGCGACCUGCGUCUUCCUAAAGGCGGAAAGACUCUUUCGUACAGACAGAACUCACUCAUCGUUUUCUUUGUUGCCGUGGGCUUAUUCGGCUAUUGUACAGUACAACAGGAGGUAAAUCCGGACUCCAAGUGGGCAGAAAUCUAUCGCGGAUUGACUCGAGAACCUUUAAAAUGGUUGGGAGCGGACAAGACGGAGGCAAAGCCAGCCCCAAACCUCUCAGCGCAUCUGAAGUAA